AUGCAAGUAGCUAUCGAGGUACCAGGGGAAGCUAACCCACUGACCCUUCCAAACGUUAUACAUGCCUUGACGACGGCGGGCUCUUCGUUGCCUCAGCAGCGCCAGAGCGGAACUGCACAGCUUCAGGAAUGGGGAAGACAGCCCGGAUUUCACUCGCUGUUACAGGAUGUCUUUACUGACUAUUCCAUUCCCUUCGAAGUUCGAUACCUCUCAAUUAUUCAGCUAAAGAACGGUAUAGACAGGUACUGGCGGAAGACAGCAAACAAUGCUCUCAAGCAAGAUGAGAAAAAUCAAAUUAAGAGAAGAGCUAUAGAAGCUGGAGUUGUUGAACCUGCAUCUCAACUAGCCUUACAGAAUGCCCUUAUUGUGGCUAAAAUAUUGCGGGCAGAGUUCCCUCUUGAAUGGCCAGAAGCCAUAUCUGAAAUAAUAGAACAUCUUCGAGCGUCCAUUCGGCCCGGAACCAAUCCAGUUCAGCUCUCACGCACUCUGCUUAUUCUCCUUCAGGUGAUUAAGGAACUCUCUACCGGACGAUUAGAGAAAACUCGAAGAGGACUACGAUCUGCGGCCCCUGAGCUGCUCCAUAUCGUUGCAAGCAUAUAUGCCGAUAAAGUGCAAAAAUGGGGUACAUUCUUAGAGUCUGGCGGGGAAGAUGAAGGUGGUGCGUUAGAGGCAGUUGAGCAAAGUCUCAUGUCUCUCAAGGUCAUCAGACGACUGAUAGUCGCUGGCUUCGAAAACCCAAAUAGAGAGCCUGAUAUCUCGGGAUUUUGGACCCUAUCCUUAACCCAUCUCGGAAACUUCUACUCCUUAAUUCAGAGGCAGUCAUCUACAUUAGCCUCAGAAGUCGAAAAGUUGAUUGGGAAGCACAUAAUCCAGGUAUCCAAGCUUCAUUUAGAAAUGGCUAGAACCCACCCUGCGUCCUUUGGACUGCUCCCACAGGCUGUUGAUAUGGUUAAAUCUUACUGGGGGUUGGUGGUUGAACUAGGCAAAACGUACAGCUCAACUGACUUCUCUCAACUCAAGGUUGGGAUGAAUGGUAAUGCAGAUGACGGCGAGAAACCCCUUUUGGAAAAACUUGGUCUCAAGGCCCUCCUGCUUCUUCGAGCAUGUGCAAAGAUUGCAUUCUAUCCCACGAACACUUUCAGAUACCAAAAUCAGCAGGCUAAGGAGGAGAAGAAUCAAUGCGUUGGCUUGAUGAAGUCCGAGAUCUUCAACGAGGAUUUCGUAGUUCAAGUCAUGGAGUUACUUGUUACUCGCUUCUUUGUCUUUAAAGCCAGUGAUCUCAGAGAAUGGGAAGAAGAACCUGAAGAGUGGGAGAAGCAAGAAGAAGAGAUCACAGAUGCCUGGGAGUUUUCAAUUCGAUCAUGUGCCGAGAAGCUAUUCCUUGAUCUGGUUAUCAAUUACAAAGAACUGCUCAUACCAAAGCUGCUCAAUGUGUUCUAUACCUAUGCUAACCCUCAGAACAAAGACAUCUUAUUAAAAGACUCUCUUUAUUCCGCUGUUGGCCUUGCAGCUGCAUGUCUGGAGAACCACUUAGACUUCAACACUUUCUUGGUGUCCACACUCGUACCAGAAAUUCAAAUCCAGGGUCCAGGCUAUAAUAUCCUCCGCCGAAGAAUUUCUGUCAUACUCGGACAAUGGGUUCCAGUGAAACCAAGUGAUAUUGACAAAGCAUCCGUAUACGGUAUCUUCCAACACCUCCUGGAUAAGAGUGACCCCAUGAAUGAUCAAGUCGUUCGUGUAACGGCUGGUCGGAAGCUUCGACAGGUUCUGGACCCAUUCGAAUUCUCUGCCGAAGUAUUCAAACCGUUCUCAACGUCUAUCCUACAAAACCUAAUACAGCUUAUUCAAGAGGUCUCUCUUAGUGAAACAAAAAUGGCACUACUUGAGACUGUAAGGGUUGCAGUGGUAAAAAUGGAAAGCCACAUAACCCCUUUUGCGGAUCAGAUUGUAUCCCUUCUACCAGGGCUUUGGGAGCAAUCUGGUGACGAACACUUGAUGAAGCAGGCAAUAUUAACACUCCUGUCAUCCCUAAUACACUCUAUGAGAGAGAGCUCCACUAGAUAUCACUCCAUGAUACUACCCCUUAUCCAAAAGUCGGUUGAACCUGGCUCAGAAUCUCUCGUGUACCUCCUCGAGGAGUCUCUAGAUCUAUGGUCUGCUGUGCUAUCUGAAACUCCAAAUCCGCCGUCUCGUGAAAUUCUAGCCUUAUUCCCAUCUAUAUUUCCCAUAUUUGAAAUUGGGAGCGAUGUUGUACGACAAGCUCUUGAAGUCACUGAAUCAUACAUCCUCCUCGCACCCCGAGAGUUCCUCGAUGAAAAUGUCCGUUUUCGAUUGUUUGAUAUCUUCAAUACUCUCCUCAAUCCAGAUGUCACUCCCCGAAUCGGCCUAGUCCCUCAUCUUGCGGAACUGCUCAUACGGACAGGCGAAUCUGCCUCCGAAGAGAACAGUGAGAAUGUGUACGGCGCCAUCGCUAAGUCCAUGCUAAGCACUGGCUUCAUGGAAACGCUUCUCUCCGCCUUAUAUGGCGCAUACCAGUCCCGCCAGACAACGGGGCCUAACAGGAAGCAAGCCACCAUCUACGGCGUGGCUGAAACUGACCACCUCUCAGUCAUCGCACGGCUUGCCCUCGCUUCCCCACGCAACUGUAUAUCAGCAGUAACAUCGGCAACUAGCAACUCCUCCGAAGAACAGACAUUCACCUGGAUACUAAGCGAAUGGUUCGCUCACUUUGACAAUAUUGGAGAUGUCAACAAGAAGAAACUGCAUACCAUGGCUCUUACGCAUUUACUAACUGUCAACGGGCCUUCAUCUCCGGCGCCAACAUACCUAUUGAACAAUUUACAAUCCUACCUAACAAUCUGGACAGACUUGAUCACCGAUCUAUCUGAAGGGCCCGAAGUAAACCCCACCGACGCCCGACACGGUGAUUAUCUUGUUUUCGACCCCAGUGAGGCCCAGGGAGAGAAAUACCAUGAAUCUGAGACCCCUGAGACUACGCGUCGACGUACAUGGAGCGCCUCGGACGCAAUUCACAAGAUCAACCUGAGGCAAUAUGUGGGGCAGCAUCUCCAGGCUUUGGUGCAAGUUUGCGGAGGAGCUGAUCGGUUCAGAGAUGAGUGGUUAGUUAAUGUUGAUAGGGAGGUUGUUAAUGGUUUUGGGCAGUUGGGGAUCAUGUAG